AACAAUUUAAAUUAAUUAUCUUGUUAAAAAUGGAUCUAAAAAGCAAUAAGCUCAACGAAAAUAUUGUCAAUCCGAGCGAGAUUCCAGAUAUUGUAUUAUUGAAUAAUGCCCGCCGCCCCCGCCGCCAGCAGCAAUGGCAGGCCCACAGAGCCGCACAAGUCCUGGAAGAAGGUAAACGAGGAGCGCAAGGCUCUGAAGCGACAGCGCAAGCAGGAGAAACUACUCAAGGAACUGCAGCAGGCCAAAGAGGCGGAAGACCGCACCGCGGAGGACGCGAGUAAGCAGCAAUCGAAGGCGACUCCUAAUCCUUCAACGGUCAGCAUAGCAGUGCCGGGCUCCAUUCUGGAAAAUGCCCAAUCCAACGAGCUGCGCGCCUACGUUGCCGGUCAAAUAGCCCGUGCUGCCUGCAUCUUCCGAGUCAACGAGGUAAUCGUCUUCGACGACGUGGGCAUGGCCACCGCCCGCGAGACGAAGCGCAGCUACGAGCCUGAGGCGGAAGGCAGUAGCACUGGCACCGUGCGCAGCAGCUCCCUGCAGUUGGCCCGCAUCCUGCAGUAUUUGGAGUGUCCGCAGUACCUGCGCAAGUACUUCUUUCCGCUGCACAAGGACCUCAAGUACUCCGGGCUGCUGAAUCCGCUGGACACGCCGCACCACCUUCGACAGCAAAGCAAGUUCCGGUACCGCGAGGGCGUUAUUGUUGACAAGAAGGCCAAGGAAGGGCAGAGCUAUGCGAACGUGGGCUUGCUAAACGACGUCUUGGUAGACAAGGCCAUUGAGCCGGGUGUGAGGGUGACCGUGAAAAUUGAUCCUGCCAGUGAGACCAGCAGAAAGCAGCGUGGAACCCUCGUCAGUCCGGAUGAACCACGUCGUGAGACGGGCGUCUAUUGGGGCUACCAGGUGCGCAUUGCUCACUCACUGUCGGAGAUUUUCACCAAGUCCCCCUACGAUUCCGGUUACGAUGUUACGCUGGGAACCUCGGAUCGGGGAACCAAUGUUCAUGAAGUGCCCAGCCGAUCGUAUAGCUAUAAACACAUGCUCAUUGUGUUUGGGGGACUUCAGGGACUUGAGUCUGCACUGGCCAACGAUGAAAAGCUUACUGUGGACGAUCCAGAGUUGCUUUUCGAUCACUACGUCAAUGUCCUGCCCCGCCAAGGAUCAAGGACCAUACGCACAGAGGAGGCCUUGCUGAUAGCUAUGGCGGCGCUGCAGGAGAAGCUGCAGCCGGAGGUGGCCGACGUGGAGACGGACCUAAGCGAUCUGCUGCCCAAGAGCGAGGACACUGGCGUACACGUACGCCGAGACGCUUUAGUCAGCAAAAAGCACAAGAGGAAGCUGGUGGAGGAGGAUGUUCCUGAGACUCCAGUUGCUAUUGAGAUUGUCGCGCCAAAAACAGCGCCCAAGGUGGCUCGCCAGACGGCUAACCCAUUCUCCAAUCCCUCGGAGAACUCGGAAAAAACAAUUCCCGCGGAUAAUUAUGAUGACUUUGAGGUGGUAUCCUCCAGCACAGUUCUUGGAACAAAGCAGGUUGUGGGAUCAGAUAACGACUUAAGCAGAUUCGAUUAAAUGGAAUAGUUUGACUUUUAUUUUUGUAAAUAUACAGAUCCAUAUGUGUGUUGCAUAAAGUUGA